UGCUGGCCUGGCCGUGCAUCAGGAAGGGGGACUAGAUGGAUACAAGAUUAAAUAUUCUGCUAAAUGCUGAGCCUAGAGAAGAAUUAUUUGAAAAGAGAGCAACCUCAGAAGGGAAUCUGAGUAGGGGCCCAGCAAGCCUUAUCAGACGUUUUCUCGUUAUCAACACUGACAAUUCCGCUAUCCAUUUCCAGGAAAGCUGUGGCCCCCCCUGCUCCAGGCCCCCUUAGUUCUGUGCUGUCAUUCUGCAAAGGUGCCCAAGAUUUCCAGCUGCCUGCCUGCCCAUCUGCACAGCAAGAAAGCACCGUUGCAAAAAAAGCGGCCCUUCUAGUCCGAGAAAGAGGCACGAAACUGACUGGCCUGUACAACCUGGGGGGCUGGGGUAUGCUGGCUCUGCUGGACUCUGCCUGGCUCUUGGUGCUUCUGACACCAGCAUGCUGCCAAGAAGGCCCACACCUGGCAAAGAGAAAUAUAUCUCCUAUUAUAAACCUGAAGCUAGAUCAAAGGAAAAAAAUGUUAACCUGGAAUUACAUCAGAAAUGUGUCUCACUCAAACUGCAGCAUAACGACCCCAUUGAAUCCCGACACCAGAACUUCUCCCCAGGUCGGUGACGACAACACCUACUUUUGCAUCUUUCCAAACUCCGUGCUGCACAGAGGGGCCAACCUGACCGUGUCUGUCACCUCUGAUGGGAGCGUGUUUAAGGAAUCCCUAGCCAUUGAGAACUCAGGCGAGGAAGGCACUGGGGCCAUGAACUUCUCCUGCCUCAUCUACAACGUCCACUUCAUGAACUGCACCUGGGCUCCCGGCCCAGCAGCACCUGCAGACACCCAGUAUCAGCUGUACUCCUGGGAAUCCACACAUGAUGACGAGAAGGAAUGUUCCCACUACAUCACUGAUUCAAUGAGGACGCACGUGGGCUGCCACUAUGAUCAACUCGGUGAGGCCAAGAUAACGGACAAUUACUUCUUUUUGGUGAACGGAACCAGCAAUCACACAAUGAUCCCAUUCCUGGAUUUCACCCCAUUUGUAGGCUUUAAAAUGGAAAAGUAUAACCCACCAGCAAACAUCACAAUUAGCUACAACGGAUCAAACCACGUUAUCCAGUGGGACAAUCCCGAGAUCAGGUUCGACCUUGGGAGUCAAAUCUUUUAUUAUGAACUCGACAUGCAAAGAAAGGGAGGCUCCCCAAAGAAAGACCCCGUAAGUAUCACUCUCUUUCUCUAUGACAUCCUGCACCUGAGCCAUGAGUCACCUCAAUGUUCAGCACCCACCAAGUAG